AUGAAAAUUAAGAAUAUCCUUAACAUCAAUAAUUCCGGGGAUGCUUCGAAGACAUUACAUGAAACAGUGUUAAAAAAUUUCAAUAAAACUCCGUCAGGAAAAAUCUAUGAGAAUGAAUUGAAGGAUAUUUACGGUAUGAUGCUCAUUUGCUUAGAAUUAAAAGACACCCUAGGAACUAGAAUAAGGUUUAACCCAUUAGCUAAGACUUAUCCGUAUUCAUUUCAUAUUGAAGAUGCUUUAGAAAAAAUGACACACUUGGAAGUAAAAAUUGAGUUAUCCAAGACAACGACUACAAUAUCGUAUAGCAUUAAGCCUGAGUUAGGAUCUGCGUUAUUAACGAAAUUCUUCAAUGCGAAGUUGUUACAUUCGCCAGCUGAUAGAACAAGAUCAAAGCCAAAGAAUGCUGUACUCUUGCAGCCCACUCCAAAAGGCGUAGCUAUACUUCAGGACUUCUAUAAGAAGAUAGGUGGCAAGAGAGAGGGUAUUCCUCCAAUCUUAUUAUCCAAUUUAAACUCAAUGGACUUGUUUAAGUUUGAUAGAGAUCCUAUAUCUGAUAAAAUAUUGUACUCGGACUAUUUUCUUCAGUUGAUAUUUGUGAAGUUAAUGAGCAGUUCCCCCAACGUUUGGUCUCCCGACAAAAAGGCUGACACUUUACCUUCGAUUGAUUCGAAACUAGACUUCAACGAAUGCUUUAGUGAUGGAUUUGACUUUAGCAUGUUAGGGAUUGACAAGGCGACAGUGAACUUGCAAAAUCUUUAUCCUGGUUGCGAGGGAGUCAAUUUCUGGGAUAGCCAAAGUAAUGGAAGUAGUAUUACCGUUGAUGAAAAGGACAAAAAAAGUUAUAUUGUUAGUCCAAUACACCAUAGGUACUUUACUAAUCCUGAAUCAGAUUCCCAUGUGCAAUACUAUGUAUCUAACACAGGCGUAAGGUUUCAUCAAAACAAGAUAUUCAGAUCCUCUACUGGGGAAGAUAUGAACAUCAAUCUAUGUAUUUCUGGUAAAGCAAUAUGCCAAUGGCUUUGUGAUUGUACUGAUGUUAUAAGCAUUCAUCAUGCCACUGAGAUUGCUGAUCUAUUAUUAAAGGUAAAAUUACUAGUACCGAUAACUCUGUCUCCAUCUAAUGCUAAUUAUAAACGGUUUCAACCUGAUAGAUCCUCGUUUUACGUAUUGGGUGAACAAGGAUUGAAUAUUGUGCAUUGGAUGGAUAUAAAAGAGAAUGAAUUGGUUAACAAUAUUGAAGAAGCCUCGGCAGAUAGACAUACUUAUAAAGAAUUAUCAAGUCAAAGUAUAGAAUCAUUUAUUGAUAACUGUAUGUCUAGGGAUCUUAAGUCUCAAAGAAAUUCGAAGGUACCUAUAACGACAUUACAGGAAAACUUGAAAGAUCCUGGAAUGAGGUAUUUAUUUAAGAAGCAUCUAGAAAAAGAGUUCUGCUCAGAGAACCUUGAAGCGUAUUUGCAACUAAAGCAAUUCCACAAAAAGAUAACCAUUCUAAGCGAACUUCUAAUCUUCAAGAGAAACUGCAUGAAGCACACUACGAAAUCUAUUGAUUGUCAAAUUGUUCAAUUAGCCAAUACCUGCUUAGGUAUGGCAUAUCACAUUUAUUUUACUUACUUAAGUUCAGACUCUCCUUUCUUGUUAAACAUUAAUUAUAACUUGAAGGAACAAAUAACAACAAUUAUGUUGAAUAAGUCUAUGGUUUCAAGUGCAACUACUCAAGACUAUACAAAAACUACGAUACAAGAGAGCCUUGGAGACAAUCGUUCUGCACCUCAAGGUAUUUCAGGUGAUAUUGAAUUAGAGAUUACACCUACAUCACCUGUUUCAUCCACAAAGCUGAAUGCAAGUAGCAGAGAAACUAGAAUCAUAGGGGAUUCGAAUAUCAAGAGGCAAGAUAUUGUGUACCAGGAGUUUGACUUCCAGUUUAAAUCGCCUAUGGAACAAAAUAUCAGAAAUACUUUGAAUAUUUUGGUUCAAGUGUCAGCAAUCUUUGAUGCCACAGCUAAUCACAUUUACAGGUUAAUGGAAGUGGAUUCAUUUCCUAAAUUCUUGGAUAGUGACAUCUAUCAACAUGCAACUUCUUACAUAGAACUUAGAAAAUAA